AGCUGACAUCCACCAUGAAGCUGUAGGAAAAUUGAAACAGUAAAUUAACAAAAAGGCAAUCAAAUUCCAGUGUCCCUACUUAUGAGCAGGUGGGGGGGGUUGAAGGUCUCUAAGUGGAGGAAUUGUUCCAUAGACAUGGCCUCCACACCCCAUGAUUUGGAACACUCGUGGUGCACAGUUCUAAACACCAAUCUUUGUGCAGAAUAGGGUCUCUGCUUCAGACCUUCCAACAUCUAGUGAUCAUCUCCCAUUGGAUUUUGUUGCAUUUAUUACAGGGAAAGAGAGCAGCAGUGCAGAUUCCACCCCUCCAUACAUAUUUGCCUUCUGAAUUGAACUCUGAGAAUGCACCUGCAGAAUACUAAGGGAAUGCAACGUUUUGGGUUGUAAUAAUAAUAAUAAUAAUAAUAGUAAUAAUAGUAAUAAUUUAUUAUUUAUACCCCACCCAUCUGGCUGGGUUUCCCCAGCCACUCGGGGCAGCUUCCAACAAAAUAUUAAAAUACAAUAAUAACUAAUAGAUCCAUAUCCAUUAAUAUCAAUAAGUUGCUGUCCAGCACACAGCCCUAGUUAUAUGGAUCACUUCUCUCCCUGUCUCUUACUAGGCCCCUUUGCCAAAUGGCUUCCUGGUCCCAGAAAACUGGUCUCACCUGUAUUUUAGCACUUUGCCAGUUUCAACAUCUCCAUGCAUUUGAUACAUUUAAGAACUUUGGGGAAUCUGUCACCACCAAAAAACACCUUAUAACAAUAUAAAAAAAAAUUGAUUUCUGUCCUUUGGUUCCAAGAACUCCAUUCUAUCCCCCCCCCCCAGCUACAAUGUUUUCUGUUUCUAUUUUAAUGUUUUAUACUUGGCCCUUAUCUUCUGUGCCAUUAUGGGGCUGUGUCUGAGCUGCUUUGACCCACAGAACUUUGAUGACACACCCCAAACGAAAACUCAGGAAGCACAAGUAUGGUGAGCAAAGGUCCCAUGUCUAAAUGGAUCUAACUUCAGUUGCAAGCAGAUGGUGCAGUUAUGGUGGAAAUCAAAUUUGCAGAAGUGAUAUGAUAAUCUAAUCUAUAUCUUGCGUCAUGCUACUGCUGCCGCCGCCUUCUUCGUAAGCCCACAUAUACAGGAGCAAAGGUGCCAGAAGUGAGUUUUAGCAGCCAGAAGAAAACAUUCUCAUUGAGGAGCGCCCGCCCUUCAGUUCUUCACAACUCAGGGUAAGUCACAUUUCCCAACGAUUAUGGAGCUCGAGACCUGCAAGCUCUUACCAUCCACUUAAAGCACUAGGACAGCAUUUUGAACAGUUAGGGGUUCCCCCGAAUAAUUAUGGAAGCUGUAGUUUGUUAAGGGUACUGAGCCCUGCCAGGGCUCUCGUUUCCAACUUGGUUGAACAGUCAAUCCCUCUUCACAGGGAAUUCAGAGAUUGUAGCUUUGUGGGCAGGAGGAGGAAACAAAAAGAUGCAGCAUCUGUCCAGUAUCUCCCACCUGGAAGAGAACAGUUGGCUUCCCCUGCUGGGGAAGGCUCUUGAGAAGCAUGUGUGAGCUGUCCGGGUGUGCAGUGUAAUCCUACCCCACCAUGAUUCACUCACCUGACAGCUAUGUCUCAGCUCUACAUGAGCGUGUGCAAUCCUGGUUAAAUAUGAGGUGAGCUUUACAACCUCUGCACCCUUAAUCCCUCCUUGUUUUGCUUUAUAAUCAAGUUUGGAAUAAAGUUUUUUGCCGAACUGUGGGGGAAGGGGUAGAUUAGCUUCCCAACCCUGCUAAUAAUAUGUGUUAAGAUGAGAUCCCUCUGUUAUCCCAUGAAUUUCUUAGAAGAUUCAUGCGAAAGGAAGGCUCGUAUCAGUGAUGUCCAGAUUCCAGCAUCUCACUGUACUGAGAAAUUUGGGUGUGUGUUUGUUUGUUUGUUUGUUUGGUUGGUUGGUUUUUUAAAAAAUUGUGCAUGUUUCCAAUCUGGAUUUUUAUUUAUUUAUUUUGCAGACACCAGGCUGGAAAAAAUUGGCUUCACAAGGAAGCAAACUUUUUGCAUGUGCUCCCGCUGCACAUUUCUUUUCACACACCAUGCCGGUUCUCUUGGGACUUCUUCUCUUCUCUAUGCUUCUAACUCCAGGUAAGCAGCCGUAAUGUUCUGGGGUGAUGUGUGCUGCAGUGGGAUACCUGGGAGUAAACCAGAUCCAAGGCACUGAUUUUGGAAGGGCUGGCUGGGGUGGAAACCAAAAUAUCGCCUAUAAACUGGUGAGUGUCACACUACAUAGAGCAGGAUCAGUGUUGCGCUUGACCCACAUUUGUGGGAUCCAUCCCCUUUCGCAGGCGGAUGACUUAGAAUGGCAUCUGCACAUGGGCUCUGCUUUUGAAACCUUUUACCUUCUCUUCUACAGGUGACUCACUGGAGUGUGAAACCUGCAUAGCGACAAGCAGCAACUGCAGUGGCAAGAUGAUGACUUGCAGUGCCAAUGAAGACACCUGUGCUGUCUCUCUUACGGAAAGCAAAGCAGGUGAGUGAGAAGGAUGCCCACCAAAUGCAGUCUAGGCCAGAGGUUUGUAAAAGGCAUAUCAAGAUGCCUUAUUGGGAGUCAUUCGAUUCAUCAACUGACUGGUGGGGGCAUGUGCGCACGGCCACUGCACUUUGUGGGUGCCCUGCCCCCCCCCCAUUAAAAUGUUGUGGGGUCUAGAGCACUUGUGGCUCUGGGGAGUUGGCAUGCCUGACAGCUUCCUGACAGUUAACUGGGGCUGAUAGGGAUCAGAGAAUCAUAGUCAAAAUCAUUUAGAACACACUGCAUCUAGCUUUCCAAGCUGAAAGCUCUGGUCCCUGGAGCUGAGCUAUCUUAAAUCUGGGAUCAAGCCCCAAUGUCCUUCCAGAUGUUGCUGGACUCCAGUCCCUGUCAUUUCUGAGUCUUCACUGGGCUCUCUGGGGCUGGUGGGAGUUGUAGCUCAGCAACACCAGGAGGGAACCGUGUUGUGAAGGCUGCCCUAAAUGCUUAUCUUUUUCUUUCAUUCUCUGCAGAUCAGAUAUCAGUUCAAAGUAUAGCGAAAGGCUGUUCAUCCACUAAGGCCUGCGGACAGGGACCAUAUUCCAUAAAUUUGGGCAAAAUGUUUACUUCCAGAGGAGUGGCUGUCUGCUGCAAGGGUGCUAACUGCUCAUCCAUUUCUGUUCCACGUGAGUGUAUUUUUCCUUCCCCCCCCUCUUUCUAUGCCCCAGAGGUCAGGUUGUGCCAUAGAUUUCAAUGGUGGAGUUCUGAAUCACAGACCAGUCAUUUGCCACCGUGCAGCACAGUGGAGGGAACCAUUAUGUCUGGGAGCCUAUUGUGGCCCUCCAGACCUCUCAAUCUACCAACACUCUCUGACGUAUGGUCCCCAGAUGUUGUUGAACUGCAGCUCCCAUCUUCCCUUGUCAGAGCAACCAAGGGUCAGGGAAGAUAGGAGUUCUGCUCCCACAACAUCUGGGAACCCAAGGUUGAGGUACACCAGCAUCUCUCCCAACAGCAGUCCUACUCCACAAUCCCCUUGAAUGUUUUUGGCUGGCGGGAUCUGUGGUCCUUAAAUUGUGAUGACGUCUCCUGCCUCCCUGGAUAGAGGAUAGAGGGGAAUGCGUGAGUGUACACUGUCUCUUUGGCUUUUUCCCCAGUGCCUCCAGUAAACAACACAGUCAAUGGGAAAAAAUGCCCAGUCUGCUAUUCUAUGUUAAGCCCAUGCUCUUCUUCAGAUGUGGCAGAAUGUACAGGAGCUGAGGACCGAUGUCUGGAUCUUAGCAUCAAAAGUGGUAUUUCUGAUUUAUGUUCUUCGGAUUUUGGGGAGGGAUUGGCUGAGCAAUGGAAAUUCUGUUCCAUUUUGGUCUUGCUGGCACUCAGUCCAGCGGCGGAGCGUGCUUUUCCAUUGGGAGCGGGGUGCCAAAGGCGAACAGAGGCGCCCAGAAGUGGCAGCAGCUCCGAGGCACUUUGUGAGACUGGAAUGAUCCAACCAUGCAAAAUGAAGUUGGCUUGAGGAUAAUCGUCAUCAUCAACAACAACAGCAUUAUCAUCAUCCAAAAAUAUCUGGAGCAAUGGCAGUCGUCCCCGUCCCCCGUCCCCCGCCCAAGCUUUAGUAGGCCAUAGAUUACUUAAUAGCCAAAGGCCUGGUAAAGAGGAAUGUUUUUGCCUACUGCCCAAAUACAUGUAGUGAUGGUGCCAGGUGAGCUUCUCUGGGGAGAGCAUUCCACAGUUAGAGAGCCACCACAGAAAUGUUGUUGCCACCCUCCAAACGUGAUGUUUUUGUCUCCCCCCCCCCUUUUUAAGAGACCUUUUUUCUUUUUUUUAAGAGACCUUUUUUAUAAGUUGCUUGGAAAAGUGAGGGUUUAAGCAACUUUGCAUCAUCAUAUCAGUGCUAUUAUUCAAGUAAAAGAGGUGCUAGAACUCAUGGUGCACCCUUGUUCUCCUAUAAUGGCAAUGGUGCCCACUUGAGAGGUGCAGGGACUCUGGUGAGUUCAGGCUGGUGGUGCUGAUUAUAUGAUAUAAUAGUAUUAUUAUCCCACAAUAUCUGGCGCAAUGCUUCAUCAGGAGCAUUGGAGACCAGACAAGCCAUCAAACAAAGGAUUUCUCAGAUAGGCUUUCAAAUAGAGGACUGUCCUUUACGAGGUCAAAUACAGGGUCACCCUGCACAUAUCCCAGUAGAGUGGUACCUCGGGUUAAGAACUUAAUUUGUUCUGGAGGUCCGUUCUUAACUUGAAACUGAUCUUAACAUGAGGUACCACUUUAGCUAAUAGGGCCUCCCGCCGCCGCCACGCGAUUUCCGUUCUCAUCCUGAGGUAAAGUUCUUAACCAAAGGUACAACUUCCAGGUUAGUGAAGUCUGUAACCUGAAGCGUCUGUAACCUGAGGUACCACUGUAGAAUGGCUACAACUGGGGAAGAUGCGAGUGGCACUUGGGAGGAAAACAUUUAUUCUUUGUAAUAUGUGACUUCAACUCAUAGGAACAUCCCCAUCAAUGUGUUAUAUACAAGACUAGUCUUAGAGUAGAAUCAUUGAAAUUAAUGGACAUGGCUACACAUGCACCUUUUCACUUUGCCAUUUUUAUUUUGUUAGUUUGGCCAGGCCAAUGUAAGGUUGAGAGCCAAUUCAAACUUGUUUGUGUGAGGUAAUUUUGGGGAAUAGUGGGCCCCCUGACUCCCCAUCUUUCCUUUUCAUCUCCAGGAACGAUUAAAAUCACUAUGAAAGGUUGCACUACCAAGAGUUACUGCGAUGCUUUAUCACAAAAUGUUAAGAAUACAUUCAAGGAAGCUGCAUCUGGAAUGAUAGACGGCAAAUGUACAGAAGCUAGUAAGGCACCUCCAUCAUCAAGAUUUCCCCUUCUGACCUUGUCAUGGCUUCUGCUGGUGAAGAUCCUCUUGUAAUAAACCUUUUUCCGUGACUCCGCACUGAGGAUAACUUUCCUUUCCAUGUUUGUUUUUUCAGAGGGGUUUGUAUCCAUAGAUAUCUUACAGACUCACAAAGAGUCAGUUCAUUUUUUUAAGAAAUGAGAAUGAAAUAGUGAUGGUCAAGACCAAGGGCAAAUGGUUCUGGAACAAAGGCCACAUUCCAACCAUGCAAAUGUCAGGAGUUUCUACACAUAGAGACACACCCUCUUCAUUCUCCAAUGAUGGAAACAAGUGUUGGAUUUGAUCCAUCAACCUCCGAUGGAUGAUUUAGAAGAAUGUGGUCUGGCAUCACUUUUGCUACGUGUGUGUGUGUUUCAGUAUCCAUACCCAGCAGAGUUGCAUCUCAACGCAGCUCCUUCCUUGGAAGCAUCUUUGGUGUUGAAGGUACACAAAGUAGGCAAUAAACACUUAUGGAUGCCUUAAAGAUUCAGUCAAGUGUAGCAGUUUACUUGGCAGGCAUAAAAGCAUAUUGGUAGCAAAGAUACCGUGGUCAAGGCAGGCUUAGAGUCCAACAAGAGUCCAAGACUCUCUCUUUGCUUCUCUCACUGCAAGGCGCAAGCAAGAGACUCACAACAAGUUACAAAAAGUUACACAAAACCAUUGUUAUCAGUUCUUCCUGUCACACUGUGCAUGUCCAAAGAAAAAGAUCCCACAGAAAACGUCCUGGCAUAGGCAAAACAAUCUCAGCCUUCUGCUGCUUCUUGAAACUACUCUAUUUUUCUCUGUUUCUGGAACAAAUGCUUUUGAAACCUUUUACCUUCUCUUCUACAGGUGACUCACUGGAGUGUGAAACCUGCAUAGCGACAAGCAGCAACUGCAGUGGCAUGCUGAUGAAUUGCAGUGCCAAUGAAAACACCUGUGCUGUCUCUCUUACUGAAAGCAAAGCAGGUGAGUGAGAAGGAUGCCCACCAAAUGCAGUCUAGGCCAGAGGUUUGUAAAAGGCAUAUCAAGAUGCCUUAUUGGGAGUCAUUCGAUUCAUCAACUGACUGGUGGGGACAUGUGCGCACGGCCACUGCACUUUGUGGGUGCCCUGCCCCCCCAUUAAAAUGUUGUGGGGUCUAGAGCACUUGUGGCUCUGGAGAGUUGGCACGCCUGACAGCUUCCUGGCAGUUAACUGGGGCUGAUAGGGAUCAGAGAAUCAUAGUCAAAAUCAUUUAGAACACACUGCAUCUAGCUUUCCAAGCUGAAAGCUCUGCUCCCUGGAGCUGAGCUAUCUUAAAUCUGGGAUCAAGCCCCAAUGUCCUUCCAGAUGUUGCUGGACUCCAGUCCCUGUCAUUUCUGAGUCUUCACUGGGCUCUCUGGGGCUGGUGGGAGUUGUAGCUCAGCAACACCAGGAGGGAACAGUGUUGUGAAGGCUGCCCUUCUUUCUUUUAUCUUUUUCUUUCAUUCUCUGCAGAUCAGAUAUCAGUUCAAAGUAUAGCGAAAGGCUGUUCAUCCACUAAGGCCUGCGGACAGGGACCAUAUUCCAUAAAUUUGGGCAAAAUGUUUACUUCCAGAGGAGUGGCUGUCUGCUGCAAGGGUGCUAACUGCUCAUCCAUUUCUGUCCCAUGUGAGUGUAUUUUUUCUUCCACCCCCUCAUUCUAUGCCCCAGAGGUCAGGUUGUACCGUAGAUUUCAAUGGUGGAGUUCUGAAUCACAGAUCAGUCAUUUGCCACUGUGCAGCACUGUGGAGGGAACCAUUAUGGUUUUAACCUUUAAAGCCCUAUACGACCUAGGACUCUCAUACCUAUGGGACCGCCUCUCCUGGUAUGUCCCACAGAGGAACUUACGAUCUGCAAACAAAAACAUCUUGGAGGUCCCAGGCCACAGAGAGGUUAGACUGGCCUCAACCAGAGCCAGGGCUCUGAUCUGGUGGAACGCUCUGCCAGAAGAGAUUAGGGCCCUGCAGGAUUUGACAUCUUUCCGCAGGGCCUGCAAGACAGAGCUGUUCCGCCAAGCCUUUGGCCAGGGCACAGCCUGACCCCCUCCUUUGGCAAUCUUCACAGAACUCUACCCAAUGCUUGGCAUCAAUUUGAUCUGAAGUAAUUUUUUAAUGAAAUGAUUUUAAAAUGUUGUCUUAUUUUAUUGUUGUUAGCCGCCCUGAGCCCAGCUUCGGCUGGGGAGGGCGGGAUAUAAAUAAAAAUUAUUAUUAUUAUUAUUAUUAUUAUUAUUAUUAUUAUUAUUAUUAUUUCUGGGAGCAUAUUGUGGCCCUCCAGCCCUGUCAAUCUACCAACACUCUCUGACGUAUGGUCCCCAGAUGUUGUUGAACUGCAGCUCCCAUCUUCCCUUGUCAGAGCAACCAAGAGUCAGGGAAGAUAGGAGUUCUGCUCCCACAACACCUGGGAACCCAAGAUUGAGGUAUACCAGCAUGCCCCAUCUCUCCCAACAGCAGUCUUUUCCACAAUCCCCUUGAAUGUUUUUGGCUGGCGGGAUCUGUGGUCCUUAAAUUGUGAUAACGUCUCCUGCCUGCCUGGAUAGAGGGGAAUUUGUGAGUGUACACUGUCUCUUUGCCUUUUUUUCCAGUGCCUCCAAUAAACAACACAGUCAAUGGGAAAAAAUGCCAAGCCUGCUAUUCUAUGUUAAGCCCAUGCUCUUCUUCAGAUGUGGCAGAAUGUACAGGAGCUGAGGACCGAUGUCUGGAUCUUAGCAUCAAAAGUGGUAUUUCUGAUUUAUGUUCUUCGGAUUUUGGGGAGGGAUUGGCUGAGCAAUGGAAAUUCUGUUCCAUUUUGGUCUUGCUGGCACUCAGUCCAGCGGCGGAGCAUGCUUUUCCAUUGGGAGCGGGGUGCCAAAGGCGAACAGAGGCGCCCAGAAGUGGCAGCAGCUCCGAGGCACUUUGUGAGACUGGAAUGAUCCAGCCAUGCAAAACGAAGCUGGCUUGGGGAUAAUCGUCAUCAUCAACAACAACAGCAUUAUCAUCAUCCAAAAAUAUCUGGAGCAAUGGCAGUCGUCCCCGUCCCCCGUCCCCCGCCCAAGCUUUAGUAGGCCAUAGAUUACUUAAUAGCCAAAGGCCUGGUAAAGAGGAAUGUUUUUGCCUACUGCCCAAAUACAUGUAGUGAUGGUGCCAGGUGAGCUUCUCUGGGGAGAGCAUUCCACAGUUAGAGAGCCACCACAGAAAUGUUGUUGCCAUCCUCCAAACGUGAUGUUUUUCUCUCCCCCCCCCCCCCACUUUUUAAGAGACCUUUUUUCUUUUUUUUAAGAGACCUUUUUUAUAAGUUGCUUGGAAAACUGAAGGUUUAAGCAACUUUGCAUCAUCAUAUCAGUGCUAUUAUUCAAGUAAAAGAGGUGCUAGAACUCAUGGUGCACCCUUGUUCUCCUAUAAUGGCAAUGGUGCCCACUUGAGAGGUGCAGGGACUCUGGUGAGUUCAGGCUGGUGGUGCUGAUUAUAUGAUAUAAUAGUAUUAUUAUCCCACAAUAUCUGGCGCAAUGCUUCAUCAGGAGCAUUGGAGACCAGACAAGCCAUCAAACAAAGGAUUUCUCAGAUAGGCUUUCAAAUAGAGGACUGUCCUUUACAAGGUCAAAUACAGGGUCACCCUGCACAUAUCCCAGUAGAAUGGUACCUUGGGUUAAGAACUUAAUUCGUUCUGGAGGUCUGUUCUUUCAGAUUAAGAACUGUUCUUAACCUGAGGUACCACUUUAGCUAAUGGGGCCUCCCGCUGCUGCCACGCCGCCACCACGUGACUUCUGUUCUCAUCCUGAGGUAAAGUUCUUAACCCGAGGUACAACUUCCAGGUUAGUGGAGUCUGUAACCUGAAGCAUCUGUAACCUGAGGUACCACUGUAGAAUGGCUACAACUGGGGAAGAUGCGAGUGGCACUUGGGAGGAAAACAUUUAUUCUUUGUAAUAUAUGACUUCAACUCAUAGGAACAUCCCCAUCAAUGUGUUAUAUACAAGACUAGUCUUAGAGUAGAAUCAUUGAAAUUAAUGGACAUGGCUACACAUGCACCUUUUCACUUUGCCAUUUUUAUUUUGUUAGUUUGGCCAGGCCAAUGUAAGGUUGAGAGCCAAUUCAAACUUGUUUGUGUCUGGUAAUUUUUGGAAAUAGUGGGCCCCCUGACUCCCCAUAUUUCCUUUUCAUCUCCAGGAACGAUUAAAACCACUAUGAAAGGUUGCACUACCAAGAGUUACUGCGAUGCUUUAUCACAAAAUGUUAAGAAUACAUUCAAGGAAGCUGCAUCUGGAAUGAUAGAUGGCAAAUGUACAAAAGCCAAUAAGGCACCUCCAUCAUCGAGAUUUCCCCUUCUGGCCUUGUCAUGGCUUCUGCUGGUGAAGAUCCUCUUGUAAUAAACCCUUUUCCAUGACUUGGCACGGAGGACGACUUUCCUUUCCGUGUCCUACUCUAGUUUCAAUUUGUUUGUUUUUUCAGAGGGGUUUGUAUCCAUAGAUAUCUUACAGACUCACAAAGAGUCAGUUCGUUUUUUAAAGAAAUGAGAAUGAAAUAGUGAUGGUCAAGACCAAGGGCAAAUGGUUCUGGAACAAAGGCCACCUUCCACCCAUGUAAAUGUCAGGAGUUUCUACACAUAGAGACACACCCUCUUCAUUCUCCAAUGAUGGAAACAAGUGUUGGAUCGAUCCAUCAACCUCUGACGGAUGAUUUAGAAGAAUUUGGUCUGGCAUCACUUUUGCUGCGUGUGUGUGUGUCAGUAUCCAUACCCAGCAGAGUUGCAUCUCGAUGCAGCUGCUUCCUUGGAAGCAUCUUUGGGGUUGAAGGUACACAAAGUAGGCAAUAAACACUCAUGGACGCCUUAAAGAUUCAGUCAAGGGUAGAUGUUUACUUGACAGGCACAAAAGCAGGCUUAGAGUCCAACAAGAGUCCAAGACUCACUCUCUGCUUCUCUCACCGCAAGGCGCAAGCAAGAGACUCACAACAAGUUACAAAAAGUUACACAAAACCAUUGUUAUCAGUGCUUCCUGUCAUACUGCACAAGUCCAAAGAAAAAGAUCCCACAGAAAAUGUCCUGGCAUAGACGAAGCAAUCUCAGCAUUCUGCUGCUUCUUGAAACUUCUGUAUUCUUCUCUGUUUCUGGAACAAAUGAUUCUCUCACACACAGAGAGAAUAUCCAACAACAAGAGGCAUUAUUACAGCAAAAGGAUACACUAUUGGACAGCACAGCUGACUGAGAAAGAGAAAUAGCAGAACCAAUGAGAGGUGUGGCCUGUGGAGUGGACCAUCGUAUCAGCUGAGUGUAUGGUCUAGGGAGAGUCCUGAGGACCUGAGAAGGAGGCCAGGAGGCUCGUAUUUGGCCCUCAAGCCUGAUUGGAAAUGAAAGUCAGAGUUUUUAAGCGUGUUCUUCAUGGGCGUAGCCGGGGGGGCAGGCGGGAAGCUGGCCCUCUAGAUCAAGUAAAACAAUAGAAAUACUUAACUAAUUGACCAAUCACGUCAGUUCUGCCCCCCCCCCCGAAGUCCUGCCCCUUCCAACAAAAAUCCUGGCUACAUCCAUGGUGCGCUUUUAGACAGCAUGUUACAAAUAUGCGCGUAGCAAAUUUUUUCUUUCCUCCAACAGCUGAUUUGAAUUCCACCUCACAAUGUAACUGAAUUUUCUUGCAGAGCUUUUUGUUUGCUAUUUAAUAAAUAUGGCUAUUCUAUGCAAUGCAAUGUCUCUCGAGUCUUCAUUAUGGGUGUGGGGGCAAAAAAAAAUGAGAAACAGAGAAACUGAAAUGUAUAGAUUCAUCUAUCCCAAUCUCCACAUGAACCAGGAAGUGGCCUACAUAGAUAAUGUGUGGUUUCUGUACAUUGGUUCUAAUUACACCAUUCUGUUCCUCCCACACCAUUAUUUGGUUUCAUUUUAUUGUUCUAUGUUUGGUCCUUAUCUUCUGUGCCCUUUCGGGGUUUUUUAUUUAUUGAAUUUAUAUACCGCCCUAUACCUGAAGGUCUCAGGGCAGUUCACAGAUUUAUUUAUUCAUUUUGAGCCGUUUUACACAAUCAAACUUUGUAUACCCACAUUUAUUUAUUUAUUUAUUUAUUUGUAUCUGUACAAACCUUAAGCGCUGCAUGAGUGGAGCAAGCAGGAGAAAAUCAAAGUUCCUGGUAUUAGCAUAUGUAAUUUGAAACACAAAUAUUUCUUGCACAUCAUUCCAAAGCCUUCAGGUCCUUCAUAAGUCAGGGUAUUCUAGGAUAGGUGUGCCGCAAGCGACCUUUAGCAGCCAGGAGAAGAUAAUCUCACCAAGGAGCACCCAGCCAGCAGACCAUAGCAGCUUGUGGUAAGUCACGUAUCCCAUCCAUUAUGGAGCUCUAGACCCACAAAGUCACAUUCACACCAUCCAUCUAAGUCACUACAAUACCACUGUUGCUUGUCCCAGCCUCCAAUUACUUAUGUGAUCAGGAGGGGACUGGGUAAGGAGAAGCUGUGUGAGAGGGGAUCUCAAGUCUUCCAGAUUUGGCUCAAGUUCUAGCAGCAUCCAGGGCAUAGCUCUACUACUUACUUAGCUGUGAAUUUAUAUAUUUUCUAGAUGUUCACAGAUGGCUUAAUAAUCUGUAGGAUAGGUUUGCCCAGACUGACAUCUAGUGAACUGGCCUGUAGGUUUCUGGAUUCACCUUUUCCUCCUUCUUUGAAGAGAGUGACUUUAUGCAGCACUAGCAUUGAUCACCGGUGCAACUCUUCACGUCGAAUCAUAGAAUGGUAGAGCUGGAAGGGACCCCAAGGGUCAUAUACUCCAACCCCCUGCAACUCCCUUCUUAAUAUUAUGGAGAGAAUUGUGGCAAGGAGAUAGAUAUAGAGUCCUAGUGCGUAUCCGGUGCCUAAUAAAAUUUUAAAAAUAUCAUUAUGUUAUGUUUUUAUUUGUUCAAACUUUUAUUUUCC